AUGGAGAGGCAACUCUAUUUAGCUAAUCUACUUGGUGUGGAGAGAGUUGAUAAACAUGAACGGUAUCUGGGACUACCUACUUUCGUGGGAAGAAAUAAAACAGCUGCUUUUGGCUAUUUAAAAGAAAAGCUCACAAAGAAGGUGGUGAGUUGGCGUGAGAAACUAUUGAGUGGUGCAGGAAAAGAAAUCUUGAUCAAAGCAGUUGCUCAAACGGUUCCCAAUUAUGUUAUGAACUGUUACAUGCUGCCUACGGGGAUGUGUGAAGAUUUGCAACAAUUGUGUGCAGGUUUCUGGUGGGGAGAUUCGGAAGAAAAACAAAAAAUUCAUUGGCAGUCUUGGGAUAGAUUAUGCGUUCCCAAGAUGGAAGGAGGAAUGGGUUUCAAGAAUCUUCACUGGUUUAAUCUUGCGAUGCUUGCAAAGCAAGGGUGGAGAAUUUUGAAAAAUCCAAAUUCUCUUAUAGCUAGAUUGUACAAAGCAGUCUAUUAUCCUAAUGGUGAUUUUAGCAAUGCAGAAUUGGGAGAUAGGCCCUCAUUUCCUUUUUGCAGCAUAUGGGAGGCUAGAGAUGUAUUGUUACGUGGUCUUCACUAG